AUGCUAUCAUACGACAUCGACGACGAGACGCUCCGGCUGAUCCUCCAGAUGCACUUGGAGGACCUCGAGAGCAUCAACCAGAGCAGCAAGGGCAAAUGCCGCGCGGACGAGGUCACCGAUCUUGAUAUAGCCAUCAAAACCUACAAGUCGGAGCUCGAGGCUCAUGCCCUACUCGCGGCGGACAGGUGCAUGUGCAAGAGUAUAGCCAGAGCGAACCAAACCGACGUCCGCAUCAUCACCAAUCUCGCCAGGCAGGAAGGCCAAGCUGCUCGAGAUAGGCAAGUGGCCAUUCGGCUCAGCAACGGAGAGGAACUCGACGAAGAUGUACUUGCAAUCCCUGUCCGGUCGAACAAGGCCAAGAGCACGGAAGAUGAGAUGCUGCGAAAACUUGAGGCACUCUUCGUCUCUGCCAACCGCAAAGAGGAGGAAGAUGAUGAAGACGAUGACACCUUGAGCCCCCCAGAAUCAUCAUCAUGGGCAGCCUCUAGACUCCAAAUCGCCGUCCCAACAACCAAAGCCACCAAGAAUAUAACAUGCGACAGCUGCACAAACACCUACCCCUCCACCACAGCCGCCCACCUCCCAUGCAACCACAGCUACUGCCGCGACUGCCUCCGAACCCUCUUCCAACUCUCCCUCACAGACGAAUCCCUCUUCCCGCCGCGGUGCUGCAGACAGCCCAUUCCUGUCAACGACAACAACAUCAGGGCCUUCCUCCCCUCUCGACUACUUGGCAGCUUCCGCGCAAAGGAGCUCGAGCUCUCGACGCCCGACCACACGUACUGCCACCGCCCGACCUGCUCCCGCUUCAUACCAAAGGAGUUUACGCGGGGUGAUAUCGGCACGUGCCCGGCGUGCCGGCACGAGACGUGUCUGAUGUGCAAGGGCGCCGGGCACGGCGCGCAAGAUUGCACGCAGGACACGCAGACGCAGGCGCUUCUGGAGGUCGCCGCUGCUAACGGGUGGCAGCGCUGCUUCGGGUGUCGACGGAUCGUGGAGCUCGAUCACGGAUGUAAUCACAUGACCUGUCCCUGCGGAGCACAAUUCUGCUACCUCUGCGGAGAACGAUGGAAGACAUGUCAUUGCGCGCAGUGGAACGAGGAGCGGCUCGUUGCCCGCGCCAACGCCAUCGUGGACCGACGGGCCGACGCCCUGCGUCUGGGUGCCGCGGCGAGAGCGCAACAAGUCGAGAGGGAGGCGCACAAUCUCGUGGAGAAUCAUCAGUGCGCUCAUCCCACCUGGAGGAGCCGCCGCGGAUGGUUCCAGUGUGAGGAGUGUCGUGACUUGCUGACGGAGUAUAUCUAUGAGUGUGCUCAGUGUCGCAUCCACGCAUGCCGCAGAUGUAGACAGAACCGACUUUAG